AAAUAUGGUAAUAUUACUGUAUUGAAUAAAUAAGCGAAAUUUGGCAUCGAGGAUAAGAAAGAGGAUGAUAAUGAGCGACUUGAUUGCAGAGCUAAAAGAACGCUAAGCCAAAGGUGCAAGUGCGAAAGUACAAGAUUGUGAGAGCGCGAGGAGUGAGAGCUUAAAUAUCGAAAGAAAAUGGCACAGAUGAGGUACCCUAAAGCUUAAUUGUGUCUCCAAAGUUGGCAUGUUUACAAAUAACAAAUUUAGAAAUUGCUUGCGGUUGCGAGACCCGACAUUCUCAUCCGAACUACCACUAGCUGAGGCAUGUGUAUUUGAAAGUCGAGGAUCUCUACUUUUACGCUCUCUCUUGUUUUUUUUUAAAGAAUUUUUAUAAAAAGUAUAAAAAUGUUUGACAAAAAUAAUAGUUUCCAUAGAGCCUAUCGAAAAUACUCGGAUAUUUUUACAGAUAUUUUCUCCCAUGGAUACGAGAAAAUUUGAUAUAUAGAGACAUUUAAAAUGAACAGCAAUACAGAACUUCAUCAGUCAGAUGAUCAGGACUUUUCGGAAUUUCUCAACGAGUAUUACCUGCAAAGCAAUUCCCAAAGUAUCGAACCUGAAGCAAGUUACGAAGAUGGAGAAAUGGAAGCAGAGUGGCUGGUUUCCGCUGGUUAUCCAGAAUUGACAAAACCCUUUAAACAAGAACGAGGCACAGUUACACGCUCACGAAGUGCCACUCCGGAUUCCCUGGACUCUUUACAAAUGGAUGAAGCUUGGACCAACAAUUCUUCACCGACUUUUGUAAAUUUAUAUGAAAAAAAUACCGAAACUCAUACACGAUGUGUAGAACAAUCAAAUGAAAUAUAUUUAAAACAAAACCUGCGACGAACCCCUAGCGCCCCGCCUAAAAGCGGCACCUCUGCGGAUAUAUUUCGUGGUUCGCAAGUGCGAUGUGAUAUACCUUUGUACUCGGCGGAUGGUGUAGAAUUGCUUGGAUAUUCACGGAUUGGCACCACACAAUUUCCAAGGAACAGAUCCGUCUCUGAUCCAUUUUGUUCUAUUGGUCGAUCGAAGGAUUCAAGAAGUGAAAAUGAUUCACCAUCACAAGAGAAAAAAUCGAGUGAAGUGUUGUCAGCCUCAGAGAAUGAAUGCGUUCGCCUUUUACCUAUGCCCUACAAUGUCCUGAGCUUUGAAAGUAUUUGUCGAGAUUCUUCUAGUCUUGAUAGCUUCGAAGUCCUAGAUACCUGUGAUACCCCUUCAACGCUAUUCACAGAUGUCGUAUUAAUAAGCGAAAUUGACAUGAAACGUUUACAGGCAAAACUUUGGUUAGAGUUAGCCACAAUAUUUGAUCGCAACAAAGUUUCUUUAGAUAAAAGAAAGCCGUUUAAGCGUCGUCGCAAAGAAGAGGGUAAUCUUUUUGGCGUAUCUAUAAACGCUCUUAUUCGUCGGGAUCAGCAAGUUACUGGCACUGACUCAUCUUUGGUCCCACUAUUUUUGGAAAAGCUUAUUGGCGAACUUCUGCGACGUGGCUCUAGAGAAGAAGGAUUACUUCGAAUAGGUGGUCACAAACAAAAGACUGAAUUACUUUAUAAUGAAUUAGAAUCAACAUUUUAUCAAAAUCCAGAUAAUCUAGCUAACCUUUUUUGCACAGCUACUGUUCAUGAACUUAGUUCGUUGCUAAAACGAUGGCUGCGUGAACUUCCUCAACCUUUGCUUACUAAUGAGCUUAUACAACUGUUUUAUCAAUGUCACACACUUCCAUCAAUAGAUCAAAUGAAUGCACUAUCGAUUUUAUGUCACCUGCUUCCGCCUGAAAAUAGAAACACAUUACGUUCUUUAUUAAGCUUUUUUAAUUAUAUAAUUAAUCUAAAAGAUAUAAACAAAAUGAAUGUGCAUAACGUAGCAACAAUAAUUGCACCGUCACUGUUUCCACCACGUUAUAUACACCCGAGUGACAAAAACAGCAUUGCAGAACAAGUAAGAAUGGCCGCUCAGUGUUGCCGUUUGACGAAUAUUUUAAUCCUACGCGGCGAAAAACUGUUCCAAGUACCAAACAAUUUAAUUAUGGAAUCACAGAAAACAAUGAUGGGUAAGAAAGGAUGGCAUCGGCAUCGAAAUUCAAAUGAAAUUAUUGCAAAUCCAAGCGGAAAGGCGAGCAAUGUUGGCGUUGGACACGACUCUUCAGUUAUAAAUAAAUACUCAACCAAUUUAAAGCAUUUACAUCCAUUUGUUAUUUGAACAAACGGUUGCUAACGUUGAUUAAGUUGUAUUAUAUGUUAAAUUGAAAAAAUGUUAAAUUCAAACUACAAAUUUAGUGACGCUCAACAUUUCUUUUUCUUAUUUUCUAUUCAAAUUUUCUCAGUACGGAGACCGACUAUGAAAAAAAAACAAUGGAGGGAAAAAUAUGCAACAGCUGAAAGGCGAAUUAUAUUACGAACUUCUUAAAAUUCCACCUAUUCAGCUGAUAAAAUUAGGGAAGAAUACGGAGUAUAUGCUAGUGUUUCCACGAAUUAUUCGAAUUAAAGGGAUUGAACAUAAAAAUAAGAAAGAAUGCUAUAGUCGAGUAUCCCGACUAUCAGAUACCUCGAUAUUCUGGGAUAUCGAUAGAUAUUGAGGAAUAAAAUAAGACAGUCUUUAAAAUUGUUUAAAAGUGUGGUCGGGACCGUCUUUGGGCUUUUUGAAAGUGUAGCCGCAAUUUUUUUGGUAGAAAGAAAUUGGCCAGACAAAGACCGUGUCAUGGUCAAUGCGAUUCCACAAAAUGCUAUUUCAGUUUGCUAUUUCAGUGCUAUUUCAUUUGAUUUACUAUAGUAGCUUCGAGUAAAUAUUGUUGUAAUUCAAAGCUUUUAUGGAAUAAUAGACUUUGCGUUUUCAUAUAUUAAUCUUGAUUUAUUUUGUUAAUUAUUUAAAUUUAAACAAAAAAUUGUGCAUAUAAAUCUCGACCAUUCUUUAAAACAGGCGUGCUGAUAAUAAAUUGGUUAUUUUUGGAUUUUAAACGGUCGCCCCGAAAUAGUCGCCACUCAUUACCUUAUCAUCUCAUUUUAUCUUUCGUAUGCGGCUUACUUUGGCUACACACUUUAAUGUUUUACUGGUUCUUACAUUAUUAUUUCAAUCGCUAUGUGCUGUGUGUGAUGCCAAUUGCUUUAACCUAUACCCAUGUUUUCUACUUUAACCUAUAUGUUUUUUUAUCGAUAGUAAAUAAAACUCAAUGCGCUCUGAUUAA